AUGACUUCAGCUGAAGAAUUGAAUUUUACUGCUUUAUCUAAGAGACAUGAAGGUGCAAGUCACUACGCUAAUAUAUGGUACGGACAUUAUGUGUUCUCUAUCACUAUCGUGUAUGCUAUGAUAGUUGUUCUGUUGCAAUAUAUGAACAAGAGAUCAAGAACUCCAGUGAAAAAUAGAUUCUUAAGAAGAAUUAGAUUCUUUGAUCCCUGGGCGCAUCUCACUUUACUUUCUAUCCCAAUUAUUAUUGCAUUUUUCAGUUCUCAUUAUUCAUGGAGAAAAAACCUUAGUGUCUACAUGAAAAGAGUUGGAAGAUUAAGUUAUGCUUUGAUCCCAUUGAAUUUAUUCUAUAAUUUGAGAUUUUCCAAUUCUAUGAAUUACAUCGAUUUGAUCCCUUUGCAUAAAUGGCUUUCAAGAAUUUUGUGCCUUUUGGCAUUGAUACAUAGUAUUGCCUUCUUUAUUAUGUGGGCAACAGAAGGGGUACUCGUUGAGGCAGUUAGUGAUCCAUACAUGGCUCUUGGUGUGGCAAUUUUUGCCAUGGUCAUCAUACUGAUGUUUUGCUCAUUAAAACCAUUUAGACGCAGAUAUUAUAAUGCCUUUUACAUUAUCCAUAACUUAAUGAAUUUUUCCUUCAUUAUAAUGACACCUAUUCAUUCAAAGCCCGGUAUCGUUUUCCCAUUGCUGAUUACCAAUAUUAUAUUGUUAUGCCUUCAAAUAUUCAUUAAGAUGUGGUUUGUAAAACCAGUCACUGUUGUUAAAAAGAUUGUUGAAUCAGAUUCUUCAUUGGUCGUUAUUCAGUUUCCAAGAGAAUGCAUUGAUCGUCCUGACUUUUCACUUAUUACACAUGUGAGAAUAUCUGAAUACAGUAGCAGAUGGAAUCCAUUGUUUUGGAUAUACCCUUCUCAUCCAUACACAGUGGCCUCCAUAGCAGGAGAUAAUACUCUGGACUUAGUCAUCACUGAGAAUACUUUCAAACUUAAAGAGGGCCAUAAAUAUGCUAUGAUCAACUAUUACUGUCAACAAUCUAAGAUCCCACCAUCGUUUUUCGAAAGGGACCCAGCAAGAUUAAGAGACGUUCAAAUUAUUUGUGGUGGAAGUGGGAUCGCCUUUGGAUUGCCCAUUUUCAGAUAUUUGCUCAAUUUAGAAAAUAGUGGCAUGGAAUCAAACAUUAAAAGGUGUGAACUGAUUUGGUUAAUAAAUGAUGUUGUACAAUUGGAUGUGUUGAAACAUAUCUUCAAAUAUGAUUCGAUGCCAGAGAAUUUCACUUUCAGAGUAUUCGUUUCUCACACUGCAGGAGGUAACAGUGGAAGUGUUGGUGAUUUGUCUGAUAACACAGAUCUUGAGAUUGAAAUGGAUUCCUUAGCCAUUAAGAAUGGAGAAGAAGCGCCUUAUCAAAAUGUUAAAUUUAGAAGAUUCGAUUUUGUUGACGAUGCCAAGCAUUUGAAGGAAAGUUUUGAUCCUUGGGUUUUCUGUUGUGGACCAGAUAGAUUAAUUAGCGGUGCGACACAAUUUGCUAAAGAUGGUAACAUCAAUUUAGUAACGGAAAGCUAUGGAUUCUAA